CCGUACCAAGCGUGCUUACAAAUAAUGAUUCGGAACUGAAACAUACCGAAAGCUGUAUUUACUGAUAGCACUAUAAUUUUACCCCGAGCUACGAAUCAUCCCUUGCACGCAUUCUAUUAACUGUCACUUGUGUAUGGAAUAUAAACUUGUGUAAAGUUAUUCGCACAGAUAGCGCACGCCAUUUGUUUGUUUACGUUCAGGAAUGGCGGAAAACCAUGUCAAUAAACUGUUCAGUGAGAACUAUUUAUAAAUGUAUUUCGUGUUAAUUGAUAGAAGAAAGUUUAAUUAUGUUUUGCACUGACUUCUUUCACUUUUACUAUUUACUUAGCGUUUUUAUUGUUUUUCUUCUAUUGAUUACUCUCGAGAAGAAGCAUAUGCUCCGCCCACUUAAGGCGCAACCCAAUAAAACAAUCCAGGAGUAAUUUUGAUAUCGAUGUAACAAACUCGCGGAACUUAUUUAAGGGCUGCUUUCACCGGCAUAUAUCACAGUUGUCCGGAAGCUAUGCACUCCGGAGGUAGAUUGACUAAAGAUAAAUACAAAAGCGGUAGUGUUAUUGGUUCACGCAUGGGUGCGUUAAAGAAUCUCUAUAGUUCAUUGAAUUCUAAGUACUCCAAACAAUUUGGAGGACAUGAGAAGAAAAAGCGGAAUAAAAAGUCAUCGCCGACUCCAAAAAUGGAUUUUAUCAGGAAGAAACCAGAUUAUGCGGAUACAGCCUACCACGAAGCCGUAGGUAGAUUGAGGAUUCUUCUUGCUGAAAGUUAUUCUCCUCGGCGUCGACCUACUACUAGAGAGAUUCUGAAUAACGCGGGUGAUGAUACUGAUAAUCAAAGUGUCGUCAGUGUUAUAAGUCGAGUUUCAAAGUAUCCAACGUAUAAUACACUGGGGAAUUUUAAAAAGUAUUAUCCUAUUCCACGGAUUGCAACGGAACACGAAAAACAAUUUGCAACAUCUUCUGAAUUAUCAACAUUCUUGGAACGCCAAGAAGAUUAUAUUGAUCAGCUAGAACGCGAAUCUCGUUUCUGUCGCGAGGAAUUAUCAACGCUUCUCGGUAAAGUAAAAGAAGUGAUUCAAGAAAAUGAAAAUUUACACGAAAAACAAAAAGACAAACUACUUAAAACUGUCUUCGAUCAAUUUGAAACUGAACUCGACACAGACAGUGAUCAAACACGGCCUAUUAAAUCUAUCAAAGAAACGAUACGUUUAGAAGGACCGUCAAUUAUGUACGAAUCGCGAAUAUCCGAAUUGGAAGCAAAACUGACACAAGCGCGCAUUGAUUUGAAAAAGAGCCAGGAAGGCAAUGAACAGUGUCAUCGCAAGCAUGCUGACUAUUCUGACGAUUGUGGUACCAAGAAACAAUUGGAGAGUUUAAAGAAUGAUAACACGGUUCUUCAGGAAACCGUAACGAAACUUCAAACUGCAUUAAACUCACUGCGUGACAAGGAGCACUCUACCACGGACCAUGUUAAACGAAGUUUAGAUAUUGCGGAACAAGCCCAGUACGAAAAGAACGCUGCCGAACAUGAAAUCCGAAGACUGAAGGACGAAUUGGAGCGUCAACACGGAAAAUUGCGUGACGCGCUUAAUGAGCAAAGUCGACGCGUUGCGGAUGAACGUACCAGCGUAGAACGUCGGUAUUCGCAACAAAUCGAACAACUCAGCAGCGAGUUAGGUGUCCAUUGGGAGCAGAGCAACAAACUUCAAUUGGAGUUAGACAAACAUCGUCGGGAAAAUGCUGACUUGCGGCGUGAGUUGGCACAAAAACAGGCACAAAUUGAUGAACUCAAGAAGGAAAUGCAAAGUAAAAUUAUAACAUUGCAAUCAGACAUUGGAGUAAGCGGUGCCGAAAAAUCAGCUCUAGAACAACAAAUUGCCACACUGCAAAUGGGCAACGAACGUACAGAACGUCAAAGCAAACAGGAAUCAGCAAGAAACCAAGUGGAAAUGCAAUCGUUACGACAGAGAUUGGAUCGUGCCGAUGCAGAUUUGAUUCACAGCCGCCGAGAGAACCUCCGGCUUACUGAACAAAUAGCCGCACUAGAAAAAGAAAUUAACAUGAACAACGCUCUAGCCGAUGAAAAGAACAAGAUUAACAAAAUUAUUGCACUGCCUGCACCCAAACAAGUUGAAGAGAAGGAAGCCGACGAGACAGCUGCCAAGAUACAGAGUUUGGAAGCAAAGCACGUGGCCACCGUGGCCGAACUCGAGGGAAUGAUCCAAUCGCAGAAUCAACUCAUGGACAAACUGUCUGCCGAGUGUCAUGCACUAACACAGAAACUUGAGGAAUCCAGCUCGGUUCAUAAGGUGGAAAUACAACAACUACAAGCUAAUUUAGAACACUUAUCAAAUAAGUUAGAAAAAACUCCGCAAUUUGCUAAAGAUCUGCCCCAAACAGUCUCCAAUUCUGUCAAAGAAAAUGUAGAAAACGUAGAACAAACAACGCCACAACCAGCUAGCACUGAACAGGAAAACUUCACGGAAAAGGAUCCAAAUUAUUAUAAUCAAAAUCAAUAUGAUAAUCAACAAUACGACGAAUCUGGUGCCGCGUAUCCUACAUACCCGGAAGGAAAUUACGAGGAGCAACAACAGUAUAUGAGCCAGGAACAGUACGACCAGCAGUAUGGUCAGUAUGAUCCGAAUUCGGAACAAGGAAACUUUGAAGAAUCAUACAAGGAAAAUCAAGAAAGCAGCGAAGUAGCAAAAGAUGAUCAACCAGCAGCUCCAAACCAGACCAGUUAAAUUAAAUGUAUUCGUAGUAAGCAAUUUAUUUAAGGUGCAAUAUUAUUGAUAGUUUACUGUUGGUAACAUUGUUAUUAUAUACAAUGUUUUAGUUACCUAUCAUAUAUUAUGCUUAUGCUAUAACAAUAAAAUAGCAUUUACAUUAAAA